ACCGCCCGGCCAGACCCCUAUCGGUUUGUUUGAGCGCUGAAAGCUAGGCUUCCAGCCGUGUAUCCCAGAAACUAAACAAGUAUUCCUGAAGCGGAGAGGGAACAAUGUCGGACAGAGGCUCUGAUGACUUUGACGACGAGCACAGUAAACUUGGGGAGUAUGAAGGGGAGAGAAACGAGGCAGGGGAGAGACACGGAGUCGGCAAAGCUACUCUACCCAACGGAGACAUUUACGAAGGCGCCUACCAGAACGGAAAAAGACACGGGCAUUUUUAUCCAACAGGGGGCGUACCACUUCAAGAAUGGGGCGAGAUAUGUUGGAGAUUACGCCCAGAACAAGAAACACGGGCAGGGAACGUUCUUCUAUCCGGAUGGAUCCAAAUAUGAAGGAUCUUGGGUAGAGGACCUGAGAGAAGGCCAUGGGGUCUACACCUACCCCAAUGGAGACACGUACGAUGGAGAAUGGCAGCACCACUUGAGGCAUGGCCAGGGCACCUACCAGUACAAGGAUACCGGUGCAAAGUACAAGGGCACAUGGGUGGAUGGCAAUAUGGAGUUGGCUGGGGAAUACAUCUACAGUAACCACAGAUACCAAGGCAACUUUGUCAACAACAGGCCUCUCGGACCUGGAAAGUAUGUCUUUGACAUUGGCUGUGAGCAACAUGGAGAGUACCACAAACAAGAGGAGGAGCGACCAGAGGAGACGUUGGCCCCGGAAGUUACCCUCACGUGGAUUCCCAAGGGUGUUAGUAGCAUGACAUCGUUGGCUCCUGUAAAGGAAAACUAAAACAAACAGCAGUAAUCACAUUUCAGAUAUACCUGUCUAAAAGCGGAAACGCCCCCAAAAACACUUGCAGAAUUUCUAAAGUAU